AUGCCACCAAAGAAACAGCGCGACAAAGACGCAGUCGACAAGCUAGUACCGGACAACGUGAUGAUCGAGCCUCGGUCUACGCCGACAAUGAAACACGAUCCAGUGUUAGUCAUGAACGAUCACCUAACGACGAGCUACCAGUCGCCCCUGAAAAAGCUCGAGAGCACGAUCGAGAAGCACAGCCGAAAGAUUUUCGUAACAGUCGACGAUCUGCGCGAGUUUAUCAUGCACAGCGACGGCAACGACAAGGAAGUGUGCGCGUCCGUGCACAUCAAGGCGCGUCUUCUUUGGAUGGCGUCCGACACAGUCCGAGGUCUACACUUUUUACGACUCUACUUUGGCGAAUUGAACAUCGACGACCCCAAGCUUCCACGUCCAGGAGACGUAGUGAUGAUCACACCGUUCAAACUCAACGCCUACCGCAACUGCUGUCAAAUCGAUGCCAAACUGUACGGCCUCACUAAGAUCAACAUCUCGUGA